AUGGACGAGAAUCAAUCAUUCCAGAUGGAGCUUAGUCCCCCAUCACACUGCGACCUCUGGCAAGCGCCCACACCCCAACCGAUCUCCCGCCAUCAACUCCCAACCGAAGGUCUCCAAUGGGGCUCAGAUCCCAACUUCGGCUACCACGGCUUCUCCUGUCCGAUCGGCACCUGGACAGAAGAGCGCGUCGUCCAAAACCUCCUACGAAACAUCGUCAAUCUAUGCACCAGCAUGGACGUCGGGCCCGACAUCCCCGACAUAGAAGAACCCAUCCCCAAACACAUCUCAGAUCCAAUGCAACUAAACGGCUGGACGAUCCCAAUAUUCCAGCCCGCAAUGAUCCCAACUGACACUCUUUCCGAAAUGGCAUUCUCGCCAUCUUCAUCUUCAUCAUCAUCGCCAAGCCAAGCCCAGAGCCAGACAUCCCCAGAAGAUCCCGAAUGCACGCGACGCGCGAGCUGCGCCAAAGCGGCAACAACGUCUGGGCAAAAGAAGAGGAAAUGCGUGCAAAAGCCAGGACAGAAUUUGUGUCAUUGUCGAUCGGAGAAGAAGCGGAGAGAGAUUAUUGGGGAGCGAUAUAAACAGCUGUGUCAUGUUGUUCCUGGGCUUGAGAACCAUUCGUAUACGAGGAAAUAUGUGCUUCGGGAGGCUGCGCUGUGGAUUCAAGAGUUGCUAAGGGGGAAUGAUGUCUUGCAUCAACAACUGGCGCAGCUGAAGGAGCAGGAGAAGGUAAAUAGGGUGCGGUUAUUUCCUGUUGAGGAAGACGAAACCCCUGCCUGUUAA